AUGUACGUGGGCUACCUCUUGGAUAAGGAGAGCCCCCCCGCCAUGUACCCCAACCCGGUCCGACACGCCGCCCUCAACCUGCCGCCGCAGAACUACGUCCCGGUGCCGGCCCAGUACUCGGACUUCGCCAGCUACCACCACGUGCCGCCGGGCCUGAGCGGCGGGGAGCCCCACCACGGGCAGCCCUCCUCCGGCCCUUGGGGCUCGCCCUACCCGCCCCCGAAAGAGGACUGGCACGCCUAUGGGCCAGGGGCCCCCGCCGCGGUGGGCAACCCCGGGCAGCUGGGCUACGGCCCGGCGGAUUUCAGCCCCCUCCAGGGCCCGGGCUCCGGGCUGCUGCCUCCGCCGAUGGGCGCCUCCUCGGUGGGCCAGAUCUCCCCCGGCCCCCAGGGACCCCGCACCCCUUACGAGUGGAUGCGGCGCAACGUCCCCGCCAGCGGUGCCAGCAGCGGGAAGACCAGAACAAAAGACAAGUAUCGUGUUGUGUAUACAGACCACCAACGUUUGGAAUUAGAGAAGGAAUUUCACUACAGCCGCUACAUCACCAUCCGGCGGAAAGCAGAGUUGGCAGCAACGCUAGGACUCACUGAGCGACAGGUGAAAAUCUGGUUCCAGAAUCGGAGAGCAAAGGAGAGGAAAGUGAACAAGAAGAAGAUGCAGCAGCAAACACAGCCUGCCAGUACAACCACUCCCACUCCUCCAGCUGUUGGCACUCCAGGUCCAAUUGGAGGCAUCUGCAGCAGUACCACCAACCUGGUUUCCUCAUCACCAAUGACUAUCAAGGAAGAAUUUAUGCCUUAA